AUGCUUGCUAUUGCAGGUUGCCUGGUGGCUAACAUCUUCUCAGCAAUCCAUCUCUGGACCCUACUGCUGGCUGCUCUCACCUUGCUGCUCCUGAAUGAUUACCUCAAAAACAAAUGCUCCAAGAACUACCCUCCUGGACCAUGGCGACUGCCAUUUGUGGGCAACUUGUUUCAGUUUGAUUUAGACUUGUCACAUCUGCAUUUGGGGAUCCAGCCGUUUGUGAAGAAGUAUGGAAACCUAAUUAGCCUGGAUUUUGGUGUCAUCUCUUUAGUGGUCAUAACUGGAAUGCCCUUAAUAAGAGAAGCAUUCAUUGGCAUGGAACAAAUCUUUAUGAAACGCCCCACUUUGGCUGCAAGGAAUCAUGUCUUUAAAAAUAAUGGAAUUGUUUUUUCCAGUGGCCAAACAUGGAAGGAACAAAGAAGAUUCACACUGACAAUACUCAAGAAUUUUGGAUUAGGGAAGAAGAGCUUAGAAGGGCGCAUCCAAGAGGAGGCUCACCAUCUUGUGGAGGCCAUAGGAGAGGAGAAAGGAAAGCCUUUUGACCCUCACUUCAGGAUCAGUAAUGCAGUUACCAAUAUUCUUUGGUCCAUCACAACUGGGGAGCGCUUUGAGUAUGACGACAAUCAGUUUCAGGAGCUACUGAAGUUAGUUGAUGAGACAUCGUGUUUGGAGGCAUCAAAGGCAACAAUGCUCUACAAUUUCUUUCCAUCCAUAUUUAAAUAUCUUCCUGGACCACAUCAAAAACUUUUCAGCAACUGGGAAAAACUGAAAUUGUUUGUUUCACGUAUGGUGGACAGUCACAAGAAAGAUUUGAAUCCUGAUAAGCCAAGAGACUUCAUUGAUGCUUUCCUUAUAGAAAUGUCAAAGAGCUCAGACAAGACUACUACAAGCUAUAAUGAAGAAAACCUCAUCUGCAGCACUCUGGACCUCUUCUUUGCUGGAACAGAGACAACAUCCACAGCACUGCGCUGGGCUCUGCUCUACAUAACUGCUUCCCCCUGUUUUCUUGCAGAAAAAGUACACUCUGAGAUUGACAGAGUGAUAGGCCGUGGAAGACAGCCAAGCAUAGAUGACAGAGAUUCCAUGCACUACACCAACGCUGUCAUCCAUGAGGUGCUGAGGAUGGGCAACAUCAUCCCCUUGAAUGUUCCCAGAGAAGUAACAGCAGAUAGCACAUUAGCUGGAUUCCAUCUGCCUAAGGGAACCAUAGUCCUGGCCAAUUUCACUGCUCUGCAUAGGGACCCCAAAGAGUGGGCCACUCCAGAUGUCUUUAAUCCAGAACACUUUUUGGAGAAUGGCCAGUUUAAGAAGAGAGAAUCCUUUCUGCCAUUCUCAGUGGGAAAGAGAGGUUGCCCUGGAGAACAACUGGCAAAACAUGAACUGUUCAUUUUCUUCACUGCUCUUUUGCAAAAAUUUGCCUUCAAGCCCCCAAUCAAUGAGAAGCUGAGCAUGAAGUUCAGAUUGAGCAUCACCCUUUCCCCGGUCAGCUAUCGUUUCUGUGCUGUCCCUAGACAGUGA